GCCGCCGCCGCCGCCGCAGACCGGCUCCCGGCUCGGCGCGGCGCGGCUCGGCCCGCUCGGCCCCGCCAUGUCGCAGGUGCUGCCCUACGGCGAGGACAAGGUGGGCCGCUACGGCGCCGAGCCCGAGGCGGGGGAGCUGCCCUUCAGCUGCCGCCUGCAGGACACCAACGCCUUCUUCGGGGGCAACCAGGGCAAGCGGCCCCCCAAGCUGGGACAGAUCGGCCGCGCCAAGAGAGUGGUGAUCGAGGAUGACCGGAUAGACGAGGUGCUCAAGGGCAUGACGGAGAAGUCGCCGCCGGGGGUGUAA